UUCAGUUAUGUGGCUUACAGACGACAACUUCUUCUUCUCUUUUAUCUAUUAUACCUAUAUACAAUUAAUUAUUAAACUAUGUGUUCCUUAUUUAGUUACAAAUUUAAAUUAAAUCAGGAAAUUGAAAAAGUACUUACGUGACACCCAUUUUUCGAGAAAAAAAAUGAUUUUUCGCCUCCGACCAAAAGAACUUCCUGUGUGAAAAUAAAUUAUGAUACUCAAAAUUGUGAUACUGUGUUGGGUAAUAAUUUGUUUAACAACGAUGUUAUUCUACACUGAUCAUUUCUACAUAAACAUUUUUAAAACUCAAGAUUUUACGGAAGAAAAUUACGACACCCAAUCGUUUUUAGAGAGAUUGAUCUAUCUAGAAAGACAAGAGCACGUGUCAGUAAUGUGCCGUUCAUUCAAGUUACCAAAAGACGACGAUGACUACCAGCAAGCCAUUAACGACAGCGUACUCUUGGACCAUAUUUUGGUCGACAAUCGGCAUAAGCUGCUCUAUUGUUACGUACCAAAGGUUGCAUGCACCAACUGGAAACGUGUGUUCAUGGUACUGUCGGGGAACGCGCAGCCGGGAGCACCGGACCUGUCGCAGAUCCCGGCGGACGUGGUGCACAAGCCCAGCACGCUGGACAGGCUGAGUGACUACCCUGCGGCCCAGGUGGCCGACAUGCUGGCCACAUACACCAAGUUCCUGUUCGUCCGGCACCCGUUCGAGCGGCUGCUGUCGGCAUACCGGAACAAGCUGGAGCAGCGGCACCAAGAAAGUUCCCGGUACUUCCAGUCGCGGUUCGGGCGGCGCAUCAUAAGGCGGUACCGAGCCAACGCCACCGAGCAGUCGCUGCGGGACGGCGACGACGUGACGUUCGCCGAGUUCGCCUCGUUCGUGGCCGACACACGUGAGACGGUGUUCAACGAACAUUGGGCGCCCAUCGACAGGCUGUGCCGGCCGUGCGUCGUCAACUACGACUUCAUCGGCAAACACGAGUCGCUGUUCGAGGACUCGGACUACCUACUCAGGCACGUCGUGGGCGCGACCGACGUCCGGUUCCCGAAGGGUCCCGACUCCAACACAUCCACGCAGCUGGUCAAGUACUUCACACCGCUGGACCACGACACCGUGCUCAGGCUGUACAGCACGUUUGAGCUCGACUUCAAGCUGUUCAACUACAACUUGCAAAACAUCUUCGGCUACGAAGUAGGCUAAGGUUGCUGCAGUCGCUGCGUAGGUAUAACGCGACCGUGCUGCGAUGGUACCUGCAGCUGACGCAUACCUACCAUAAGCGCAGUACGCGUUGCACACAACUGCAGCAGAGUGCAGGUGCUGCAGCACACUGCAGAUGAUCCAUAAUAUCAUCAUUAGAAUAUUAUUUUUUCAAUUAUUAUUAUAUCUACUGCACCCACCAUCGCGAAAAUACUUGCCAUUAGAUUUUCGAUAUCCUUUAUGUGGUGUACCUUGUAGGUUUACCUUUCGUGUAAAGUAUUUAAAAAGUAAUAAUAAUGAUAUUAUAAAUUAUGACUAUUAGUUAUUAAUUAUUACGCGUCUAAGAUCGAUCAAUAUUAAACAUUUAAAAAAAUACAGUUUAAGGUUGUGACUAGUGGAUAAUAUAUGUGAUACCUGCAGGUUGUAAAGUGACAAAUAUUUCACUAAAAAAUUAUCGAGUAAAAACUCAACUAAAUUAUUUGAAAAUCUUAUAAAUAUAAAUAAAAACACUCACAAUAAUUUUUUUUAUUAAAUUCUCAGGAAAAAUCUAUGGACAUGGAUUUGUUUUAUAUACACUUAGGUUCUUUUAAUGGAGAACAUUUUAAGAUUUUUCUAAAAUAUUUAUGAGUUUGGCUGUGACAAUGUCAUGAUGCACAUUUGAUAAAUUACUAAAAUAACACAAUGAUGUUUUACUAUUUUUAACACAGGUUUCUAAAUUAAGAACAUUUAUACAUAUUUGAAAAAAUUAUGUCACAUUUAUAUGAUAUGGUAAUAAUCACUUAUUGUUUGAAGAUUGUGUUAUAAAUAUUUUACUAAAAUUGUUGUAUAUUGAAAUUAAUUUCGUCUUUUGCUAAUCUGCUUAGGUAAUACUUUAAAAAUAGUUAUCCGUUAAACUUUUUUUAUUUCUUUAACAUUUUUUUUGUAUGCAUUCUAUCAAUAUAACUAAUUAUAAUUUUAUGAUGUUUAUACAUAUAAAGUACAAUGCAUAUAAGUGUAUUAUUAAUUAUUAAUUAUAAUUUCAAAGUAAAAUAUUCUGUUCCUCUUGACACUGAAGUACCUGUACUACGACUGUAUACAGGGUGAUUACCCAAAAAUGCUCAUCCCCUUUUACUUUCAUUAAAAAAUAUAGUUAAAAAUAUAAUUUUUGGAAUUUUUAAAUGUAUUACUCAAAGGGCAAAGACCAUUUUUUAAGAUCCUAGAAUUUUUUUGUUUUAAGUACUUAUAAAAGAUGUAUCACCAAAACGCAUAAGUGCCUAUAGUAAGUAGGUACAAACAAAUUCUUGAGUUUGAAAGUAUUGUCUUUGAUUAUAAAUUCCAAAACUAAGACUUUGAAUAAAUUCUGAAAUAUAUGAAUAAAUGAGGGUGAGCAUGCUUGGUUAAUCACUCUGUAUAUUACAAUUAUGAUUUCCUAUGCACGUAUUGACGUGUAAAGUGUAAACAUCGCAGCGUAUAUUACACCUAUACCUACGCUCAAAUUAUAUUAAUACGUAUUUUUUGUACUACCUAUUUUGUCUAUACUGCGAUACUAUGCCACCUAUGUUAUGUUAUGUUGGUACACUUGAAUCUGCUGUAAAUUUACAAAAUAUGUACUAUACCUAUACCUAUUUAUUAUGUAAACAAAUAGUGCGAUUUUUACAAAACUGUACAACUGUACAUUUUAAAUUUUAAUAUAUUAUAAAUAAUACGAUUUAUUUAUGUUGUUAUAAAUUGUAAUAUACCUAAAUAAUAAAAUGC